AUGCAACGUGUUCAUGCUUUGAUAAGCGAGGAUGAAUUUCAUAAAACGGAUUAUCUGCCUUCAAGUUGCUCUGAUGUUUUGCUGCCAGCUAUUGGUUCGUCUAUUAGUCGUUCAGCUACACCAGAAGUCAAUUUUGAUCUUAAAAAUAUUCCAAUAGUUACACCAAGAAAAUUUAUUCGGGCAAAGCGUUCUUCAAGUCGGGCAACUACGCUCACCGAUUCUAUUUCGCGAAUUCCAACAGUUUCAAUUUCUUCGAAUAUUUGCUCUUCGGAAAUGCCUAAACCUGUCUUGCAGAAUAUUGUUUCUACUGUUAAUCUUGAUGUUCGCCUUGAUCUCAAUCAAAUUGCAAAAACAGCGCUCAAUUCCGAAUACAAUCCUAAACGUUUUUCUGCUGUAAUUAUGCGUAUUCGAGAUCCUCGUUCAACUGCUCUUAUUUUUAAUAAUGGAAAAAUUGUUUGUACUGGCGCUAAAUCAGAAGAAGCUAGUCGUUUAGCAGCUAGACGUUUUGCUCGAAUUAUUCAACGUCUUGGAUACAAUGUUCAAUUUAAUGAAUUUAAAGUUCAAAAUUUGGUGGCUUCUUGUGAUUGUAAAUUUCGUCUUCAAUUGGAAGGUUUUGCUAUAACUCAUUAUCAAUUCAGUACUUAUGAGCCAGAAUUGUUUCCAGGACUUAUUUAUAGAAUGGUUAAGCCUCGUGUUGUUUUGCUUAUCUUUCUCAGCGGCAAGGUGGUCAUUACUGGGGCAAGAAAAAGGGAGCAUAUUGAUGAAGCUUUUUCUCAAGUUUAUCCAAUCCUGAAACGUUUUAAGCGAUGA